GACAGGAGUUAUCUUUACUAUAGGUUACUUUUUACACGAAAUAUCGCUACAUUUAAGUACAGAACGUGAGUGCACUACUUUGGCUACCUCUACAUCCGACUGCCCAGUCCUCCCCAAUCUCCCGGCAUCGUUGCUAGGCGACAAGAGACGUAGUUCCAAGGGGCAUCUUCUGCCAUAUUGUGUCAUAAAGCGCCCCCUAUAAGUGUUGCCUUUCAAAUGAUGCAUUUCUGUGGUGACAUCAACAGAGUCACUGUGACUACGACACCAACACGACGAUGUCGUACAUUCAAUCAGGCCAGGGAGACGGGAGGGGGAAGUACGUUCAGCUUUUGAUGUGACGAGUCAGUUGUAUCCACGUACACUUUUAACUUGACGCUGCGGUCGCAUCAGCCAACAAAAGAAAUCCUUACCAAUAUAGAAACCUGACUUGCAAUAAGUCAAUAUGGCCGCAUUUGCAGCGAGAGUGUUAUCCGAGAUGGGCUGGGAGCAGCACUAUGCCCUCCCGGUGCUGAACACCGAAAACAAGGCUUUAAUAGAUGAGAUAUGUGACAUAAAGAGGAAGCUCUUGAAACUGAAACACAAACGUGAGACUAAUGACGAAAAAAAGCAAUUGGGAAGCGACUGCCUGAAAAAUGCCAAAAAGGAGCUGGAAAUCACAGAGGCUCUGUGCAGGGCCAAAGACAGAGAAAUAGAACUGGAGAAACACCUUACCGCCAUUGCCGAGAGAGAAAACGGCCGCCUACGGCAAGACAAUACGAAGAUGGAAAACGAUCUCCAGUAUUUGGCGGAAAAGACAAACACUCUCGAGAACCAUAACUUCAAGGCCAAACAGAAGCUGGAGCAGUUUCGGGUGCAAAUGAACUGGGACCAGCAGGCCUUGAAUUCCUUUUUGGAGGAAUCGACCAUAAAAGACGAUGACAUGAUGGCUAUCAUGAAGUAUACACAUCAGGAUGAGCAGAGGAUCAAGUCACUGACUUUGGCCAUUGAGAGGACGACGGUGGAGGGCAAUAAAAAGCACAAAGGACUUGACAAGGAAAUGACCGAAACUUUAGCGGCGCAGAUUGCUAUGGACAAGACGACAGAGAAUUUGCAGCAGGCUCACGUGGAAACUGAGCAGAUCAUCCACCAGUGGGAAAACACCAUCCAGCAGAUGAAGCAACGAGAUGGUGAAAUCCAUCAGAGUGCUCUGAAACUGGCUGAGACCAACCAGGUGAUCAGGGAAAGGAACGACACCCUGAUGGAAAUGAGACACCUGCAGGAGUCGCAGAUGAACGACAACACAGACAAAGAGAAGAAAUUGGCCGCAACCAAUCGACAAACUGCAAAACUGCGACUGGACUUCAAGCAGCAGGAGAGCAAUUACGUCGAGAUGCAGGAUGAGCUGAAAAACUGCAAAGCCGUCAUGGAUAGAACAACCUCCAACGUGCAUUCGAUGAAGUGCCACAUACGCAGGGUGGAGGAAAACAUCCAGAACAACAACGAAAAACUGAAUCACACCGGGGCUCAAAAUGCUGCCCUUCAGGCCAAGCUGAUAUCUGUCACCCAGAACGCCUUGAGUGAGAAGGAGAGAGCUGCCCAGAUGGAAAAUUUCCUCAAGGAAGAGCAACAGGCCAUCAAGGAGCUAGACAACCAGCUGUGUGAACGCGGCAAGGAGCUUGUCCGCUGCAAGCAGCAUGGGGAGGACUACAAGAAAAGGGAAAAGAAUUAUAUGGCGCAUUUGUUACGCAGCAAAUGCACCAUCAACACGUUGGAAUGUCAGCUCAGGAAACAGGAGGAGUACUUACUCAAACAGAUGAUGAUCAUGAAUGAAAAGGACUCCCAGUUGAUCAUUUUAGAUAAAAAACUAGCACGGUUGCAAGGUGUCGUCGGCGAUUCCGAUGAAAAGGUGGCGAUGGAAUUGAAGAUCACGGAGCUGCUCAAUUCCCUUGAGGAGAAGAAGAAGACAUCCUGUAAGAUCCUCGUCAAAAUCAAGGAGUCCGAGGAGGACAUUCGCUAUUUGAGGAAAGAGCGGGAGGAUUCUGCCACUCAGAAGAAGGAGCUGUCCAACAAAGUAGCAGAACUGAAGCUGAUCAAUAAUAAUAUUGAGAAAGAGCUGAAGAGACUCGGGCUCAAGAAACAGGAGCAUAUCGUGGAGCAGAACAUCUCCAAGCUGGAGGUGAGGCGGAAGCGGGAUCUCCUGUUCAACAAAGCCAACAGCGUGCUGUCUUUGGAGAAAAGACAAUUGAACGUGAAGAAAGCAAUUCACGAGAGGCAAGAGGAGAUCCGAGUCUACAGCCAAAUGCUCAGUCAGCAGCUGAGGACCACCGAGCAGGAGAGACAGAAAAUCUGUCUGGAACUGAAUGUAAAAUUGUCCAAGAUUGAAGCCACGAAGAAGCAUUACGAGGUUGUGACCUUUACGAUGGCAGCCGAAGAGGAUGACGAGGACGCCGUCAAGUCUCAAGCUCACUACAUUGCCAAGGCCGCGCUAGAGAAAGCCGAACUCAAGCAGCGGGGAGAGUGUCUAAAUAAUAAAAUCCGCAAGGCCCAGCAGGAAAAUAAAGCUCUGGAGAACACAACUCUGUUAUUCCACAUCAGCAACACCGGAUUUCACACAACAGUCGUCAAAGCGAAAGAAGCCACUCCAGAUUAUCAGGAAAAGUUCAAGCUUGAAGAGCAGCUGCAGGUAGCCGAGGAAACGCUGGGGUCCAAAAGGCAGAUGGCUAAAAAGCUUCGUGAGGACCUACAGGAAAUUAACAGUGCCUUGAAGAAUCGACUACAAGCCAAGCAGGCUUUGGAGAAGGAAGUCAUGCAAAUAAUGGAAUUUAAUGAUUCUGUCAAUGACAUGCUGCUUGCUGCCACCAAGUACAAACCUCAGCUUAAAUCGGCACUGGUGCAACACUUUCAGCAGGCCAGUCUGCCUUUUCCCUCUCGUGCUGUCUCUGGCAUGAGUCGAAGGUCCAACCUUGUCAGCAGCUCUCUCUCUGCAAGGUGUGCUGCACUCUCAGCCAGCAGCCGCAAGCCUUCUGAUGAGCCGGACCCCACUGUGAAGACCGUGAUCCUGGGCCAGGAUCUUCCCUAACAAUUUUGAGCUCGUGACCUUUUGGAUGGUCAGCAACUUGGCCAUUGACCUCCUCUCAUUGAGAGAGAGCGCAUUGGAUGAUUGUUAGUCCUUACACACAUGAGUGAAAAAGGCAGAAACAUAGACUAUUGGAAGCUCUUUUUUUAAAAAUACAUUUUACCUUUUAAAAAGGGCAAUAGUGUGCGAUAGUCCUUUUAGAUCAGAUACUUGAGUGACAUGUAAAAUGAUAUAUUUGCCCCUCCCAGUAGCUUCUAAAGAUUCUGACUGAACCCUAAAAUAUGUGAGUUUAACUGGAAUUUGCAACAUUAAAUU